GACGAAAGUCGAGUUACACUCGUUUGACAGUCCUACCAGGCCUAUGAUUGCCCACGCUCGCCAUCGCAGUCCUGAGAUUCUGAGUCUCGAUAUCGGAUCAAGACACUCGAAUCCCACUUGCGACUAAGUGUUGGCAGGAAGGCCCCCGCCAUUGGAAACAGGAUGGACUCGGCAUCCGACAGCGCCGAACCGGGCCAAACACUGCGAGUCUUGACGCUCAACGUGUGGGGCCUCAAGUACAUCUCCAAGCUCAGGGUGGAGCGCAUCGAAGCGAUAGCCAAUCGAUUGGCCAAAGGGAUCGGCGGUGAUGAGGUGCUGGAGCAAGGCGAUGAGCAGCUGCGUACGCGAUCAAGGGCACGGGCGUACGACGUGGUAGCGUUGCAGGAGAUCUGGUGCGAGAGCACGGAUUGGAAGAUGCUCAAGGAGAGGGUCCGACACUUGUAUCCUUAUUCCAAAUUCUUCUUUACUGGAGCAUUCGGCUCUGGUCUGGCCAUCUUGUCGGCUCAUCCCAUUCUGCACACACAAACUCAUCCAUACUCUUUGAACGGGCAUCCUAUACACGUCCAUCACGGAGACUGGAUCGUCGCCAAAGCUGCCGGAUGUGCUACUCUGCGAGUCGACAAAGGCGGCUUGGGGGAGGUGGACGUUUGGGUGACUCAUACUGUUGCAGCAGGAGGCGAAGAUGGUCCCGAGUCAAGCCGAGCGCAUAGAGUCUCUCAAGCGUAUCAGCUCGCCUCGCUAGCUAAGCGCAGCGCUCAGAGGUCAAGACAUGUCAUCUGCCUCGGAGACUUUAACAGUACACCUCCUUCGCUGUCUCUCGCCCUGCUGCGAGACGUUGGCGGUCUGAGCGAUGCUUUUGCAGUGACACAUCCGGAUCUUCCACCAGGAGCAGUGGCUUUGUCUAAUACCCCGACGGAUCAGAGCGGUUCCUCCUCAAGAUCAGCCAGACGAAGUAUCGAGCAACUCGGCGUGACUUGCGAUUCGCCCCUGAAUACUUGGACGCAAGGCAAAGAGGCAAAGCUGGACAGGAACGCCAGAGCUGGAUUGGGCAAAAGGUUGGACUACAUUUUGUAUCGUGGACCUGCUGCUCCCUCCCCGUCAAACACGCGGCCCGGGAUCGCUGAUAACUUCGACUCUGCAACACAUUUGUCCAAAGACGCCUUCUCGUCCGUAAGACUGGAGGCGAAGACCUGCCACGUGUGCUGGACCGAGACGCUGCCCGACUUACAACAUGUCUCGUACUCGGAUCAUUUUGGUUUGAGCGCAUCUUUCCGUAUCCUCUCCUCCGAUGAAGCUGGCGCCAAAGCCACGAAGGAUCAUCCGCGCUCUACGACUCAAGUGGCUCAAUCAUUAACAUCAGCUCUUCAAGCCUUAAGCGUCUCUCUUCAUGCCUCGAGAGCGUCUCAAAAGAUGCAUUUCCAAUUCUUCUUCGCUGCCCUCCUUGUCGCAUUCGCGUUGCUGUUCGCCAGUCCCUUGGCUAGCGGAGCAGGUCUGCUUGCCGCUCUCGGAAGGUUCGGCAUGACGCUACUCGCAGUCGUCGCUGGUGCUGCUGGCGCUACGAUGCUGUACAGCUCCGUCAUCUGGGGAGAAUGGGAAAGACGGACAAUACUCACCCUGAUCGAAUCGAUAUCGAUGGAACUCGAGCAUUUGCGAGCUGGUAGCCCAAGUCAUGGAGCAAGAAGACGAGGCGCAAGAUACUGCUCUGGACGGUGA